CUUCUUUGUUUAAGGUAGAAUUUCGUGAGAAUUUAUUUACAACCCACAUAAACUCUCAACAACCCACCUCCAAAAUCCAUCCAAUUACAAAAAAAAAUCUCAUCUUCCUAUGAUUCUAUAAUCUUAUCCAAAAUUCAUUCUCUGAUUCUCAUCCUUCCUCGAGAAUCUCACCAAAACAAGGAAUCUCCCCCCUCAAAAACCCUAUAAAAUUAAACAGAAUCUUCAACCAUCAUUAUAUUCUCCAUAAAACUCCUAUUAUCCUCUGUCACAUUAUAGUUUUCUCAUCCAUAAUAAUAAAAAAAUUAUGGGUGAGAUUGUUGAAGAAACAACAAUGGAUUCUUUAACAAAAAACAAAGAUAAAAACUUUAACAAUGUAGAUGAAGAGUGUUCAAUAGAACAAGUGAAUCUAACCGUACCAAAAACAGAUGAUACAACCAUCCCUGUAUCAACAUUCAGAAUGUGGGUUCUUGGUUUAGCUUCAUGUAUUUUGCUGUCUUUUGUGAAUCAGUUCAUGUGGUAUAGGCAAAAUCCGAUGAUUAUUACGUCGAUUUCGGCUCAAAUUGCGGUUGUUCCUCUUGGUCAUCUUAUGGCUAAAACAAUCACAACUAGGGUGUUUUUUAAGGGGACUAGUUGGGAGUUUACAUUGAAUCCUGGUCCUUUUAAUAUGAAAGAACAUGUUAUGAUCACCAUUUUUGCUAAUGCUGGUGCUGGGACUGUUUAUGCUACACAUGUUUUGAGUGCUGUUAAGCUUUACUAUAAGAGGAAACUCUCCCUUCUUCCUGCUGUUCUUAUUAUGUUGACCACUCAGCUACUGGGUUUUGGAUGGGCUGGUCUAUUCAGGAAGUACCUCGUCGAGCCAGUAGAAAUGUGGUGGCCUAUUAAUCUAGUUCAAGUCUCAAUCUUUAGGGCUCUACAUGAAAACGAAAAGAGAGACAAAGGAGGCAUAACAAAAACACAAGCUUUCCUUAUCAUACUAUGUUGUGCUUCUGCUUACUGUGUACUACCUUCCUACCUCUUCAUAAUGACAACAGGCUUUUCCUGGUUAUGUUGGAUUGCACCAAAAUCUGUUUUAAUGAACCAGUUAGGUUCAGGAAGUCAGGCUCUCGGCAUUGGCUCUUUCGCCAUUGACUGGUCAACGAUCUCUUCGUACUUAGGGAGUCCUUUGGCUAGUCCUUGGUUCGCGACUGCUAAUGUUGCUGCAGGUUUUCUGAUCACAAUGUAUGUUGUGAUACCGUUUUGUUACUGGUUUGACGUGCUUAAAGCGAAGAGUUUCCCUAUAUUUUCUCAGAGUCUUUAUAAGGCUGAUGGAUCACUGUACAAUAUCAAAAGCAUUGUUUCGCCGGAGUUUACAUUGGAUAAAGCUGCAUAUGCUAGAAAUGGCCCUUUAUAUCUUAGCACUUUCUUUGCUGUGACUUAUGGUCUUGGUUUUGCUACACUUUCUGCUACCAUUGUCCAUGUCUUUAUUUUUAACGGAAGGGAAAUAUGGGGACAAGUGAAGGGAGCUUUCGGAGAAUCAAAGAAAGUAGACAUACACACGAAGAUGAUGAAGAGCUACAAACAAGUACCAAAUUGGUGGUUUUAUGUUAUUUUAGUGUCAACCAUUGCUUUGACCGUAUUUACUUGCGAGUAUUACAAGGAAUCACUACAAUUGCCAUGGUGGGGUGUUCUGCUUGCUUGUGCAAUUGCUUUCUUCUUCACCCUUCCUGUAGGAGUUAUACAAGCCACUACAAAUCAGCAACCAGGUUUGAAUAUCAUCACAGAAUACAUUAUCGGAUACAUGUAUCCAGGGAGACCCGUUGCCAAUAUGUUGUUCAAGGUCUAUGGCUACAUCAGUAUGGUUCAAGCCCUGAACUUCCUCCAGGACUUCAAGCUUGGUCAUUACAUGAAGAUCCCACCUAGAAAAAUGUAUAUGGCUCAGGUUGUUGGCACAUUAGUAUCAGUAGCAGUCUACACCGGAACAGCAUGGUGGGUGAUGGAAACAAUCCCACACAUCUGUGACACAACACAAUUACCCCCCGACAGUCCAUGGACCUGCUCAUACGACAAAACGUUCUACUCCGCUUCAGUAAUAUGGGGUCUAGUGGGCCCACGCAGAAUCUUCGGAAACCUCGGUUACUACUCACACAUCAACUGGUUCUUCCUACUAGGAGCCAUCGCACCAUGCCUAGUUUGGGUCGCAACCAAGGCAUUCCCUAGACAGAAAUGGAUCGGACUCAUUAACAUGCCGGUUCUAAUGGGUGCAACCAUGAUGAUGCCACCGGCUAGCGCGGUUAACUUUAUUAGUUGGAUCAUUGUCGGGUUUAUUUCAGGGUACAUUGUACUAAGGUAUCGUCCAAAGAUGUGGGAAAGGUAUAACUAUAUUCUUUCGGGUGGUCUUGAUGCUGGAACUGCUUUUAUGACGAUUCUUCUGUUCUUUUCGUUGCAAUAUGUUAGGAAUAUUGGGAUUGAUUGGUGGGGGAAUCAUACGGAUGAUGUUAUGUGCCCGUUGGCUCGGUGUCCUACGGCCAAAGGGAUUGUUGUUGAUGGUUGCCCUGUCUACUGAGUGUUUUGGUUUCUGUCUAGUUGAUUUGCAGAUUUUUUUUGUUCAUAGGAAUAAUAGGGAUUGUUAGGGAGGUGUUAGUUUCUUUUUUUGUUUAAAAUGUAAAUAUUUCUCUCAGAAGGGGUUUGUGAUUUGAUUUAUUAAGCUCCCAAAAGGCAAGGGAGAUAUCUAGGACUACACAAUGAAUAUACUUGCAUAUGAAGUACUCGUUAGUUGACUCUCA